CUGACCAUGCAGAGUACUUAUUCCCCUGCCCUGGGCCUUAUCCCAUGGAUGACUAUGGUGAAAUUCCUCUGGAUACAUCUUGCCCAAUAAAAAGUAAGCUUUGACCAUCUUGUCAUUUGUAUUUCUGACUUUAUUAUGGUUCAUUAAUUUAUUAUUUACAAUAAACAUGAUAAAAGUGAAAUUAUAGCUCUAGGGCCUUAAUGAUCAUUUACUUGAAAUUUCUCUUUUUAUUAAUCCUUAUGGCUUAUGCGUAACUUCGGAAACAAAAAUGGAAUAUGAUUAUGAAAUCAUUUUUCUUGAUGUGACACUGAUGUUAUUGUUGAAUGAAGAUCAUGCAUGUGAAAAAAAUCAGGAAAAUUGCCCUAAAAGAUGAAAUUGGGUUUCAUUUCAAAACAAGGUGUAAUUGGUAUCGGUGUUUUUGUAUUAUAUUUUUAUUUCUGUCAAUCACAUCAGUUUUACAGAUAUUUUGUUGUAUAUUGCGAACAUGUCGAUGCCGUAGCAGCCGACACUCGCGGUCGAGUUAGCCUGCACUUUCAGGUGCGCAUGUGUAAAGCAGAAGCAUGAUUUCACGUAUUCGUGUGAGUGUAUUUAUUCCGGAAGAUAGUGUUCCUCCAGGGUUUGUUGUGUACUGCUUCAACUAUCUCCUCUCGUCAACCCGUUGGUGAUUGGUUGUAAGAUCAGUGGAAAAGCUGAGAGUUUGUCAGUCAACCAAUCAGCGCUGGCGUUUUAUCGCCCGUACUCGUUAUGUAUGCGAACGUGACUAAGGUCAAUUUACAUGUCAUGAAUAUGCAUUGCUGACUUUCGGACUUGCGCAGUCCGAUUUUCUCAUCACGUUCAGCCCCUCGCGUGCAUGCCUACUACGUUUUUUUCCCUCCUCUCUCUCUCCGUCUCUCUCCUUCUCUCUCCCCUCGCAAUAUGAGUCGUAAUAUUAUUGCACAUACGAAACAUAUAGACCGAAAUCGUACAGGAGUAGUGCCCAUUUCUUUGACUAUUUUUCGUGUUGCUAAUGGUGCAAGAAUUUUUCAAACCAGCGAUACUGCUGAGGAUGAAUGUUGGUUGGACUUUUGGAGGUUGUGAAAGGUAGACAAAGGAGAAUUGAUUAGAAAUCAUCGAUUGAUUGUCAUAUUUGCGUGCCUGGUUUUAACUGGGAAUUGCCCCUUGUAUAGCCUCGGAACGCACCCGUGUCCGCCCGUUCGUCUGUCUAUUUUAUAACGUGUGGAGCUAUGGAAGCAGACACGAACGCCUAUGUGUCUGGGGGACCCGCCAGCCUUAUUAUGCCCCCAUCAGGUCAAGCACCAGCUCUCCGGAUGGAUUUCAACUUCGACCAGUCAGACGUGAAGCCUGAGCUUGAAGAGCCUUGUCCUGUAUGCGGUGAUAAGGUGUCAGGUUACCACUACGGUCUUCUGACCUGUGAAUCCUGUAAGGGGUUCUUCAAGAGGACAGUCCAGAACAAGAAGGUCUAUACCUGUAUAGAGAACAGGAACUGCGCCAUAGACAAAACACAACGCAAAAGGUGUCCCUACUGUCGCUUUCAGAAAUGCCUCAAGGUUGGCAUGAAGCUGGAAGCUGUAAGGCCUGAUAGGAUGAGAGGAGGACGAAAUAAAUUCGGUCCCAUGUACAAACGAGACAGAGCACUAAAACAACAACAGAGGAACAGAAUAAUCGCCAGUGCUCGGGCUAUGUCUACACCCGGUAAUCCGGACAUUAGCAUGGCUAUCAAGAAUAUCCAUGCGGCGGCCUCAAGAAGUUCAGGCCUCCCUCCACCGCCAACGGUGGUCAUCCGCGACCAUCUCAACAAAACCCCCAUCAUGAACAUCCCUCAGCCGAUGUCGUUACCCCAGAACGACUACGGUGUCCCUCCCCCUCAGAUGCAGCCGCUCAACUACACGACGUCGGCAGCACCCAUCCAACCACCCACAUCGAGUCCGCCUCCACCCGCAUCGAGUACCAGUCCGUUGUCGGUGAAAGCCGAACCCGACCACACCCCGAAGCUCAUCCUAGAACUGAUCCGAAGUGAACCUGAUCAGGCUCAACUCCAAGCUAAGGUCGCCUCCUACUUCCAAACUGCCAUGGGUAUGACUGCACCAGGGGACUUCUUUAGUAUGGUCUGCAAGCUAGCUGACCAAACACUCUUCGCGUUUGUUGACUGGGCCAGGAAUAGUCUGUUCUUCAAAGAACUCAAGGUUGAAGACCAGAUGAAACUGCUCCAGAACUCAUGGAGUGAGCUCCUUCUCUUCGACCAUCUCUAUCGUCAGAUUCAUCAUCACGGAGAGGGCGUCCUCAUGAUAACGGGUCACACCCUAGACCAAGCAACACUCUCACACAUGGGUCCUGCCGACGUCAUCGACCAAAUGAGCAGCAUUGUCAUGCGCAUGCGUGAACUCAAACUGGAUCACAAAGACUACGUCUGCCUCAAGUUCAUGAUCCUGCUCAAUCCAGGUAUUGUUGCACUUCACGAUAAGCACAUCAUUGAUGGGUGCCAGGACCAAAUCAGUGCUGCCCUUCUCGAGCAUACCGUGACAGCAUACCCAAACGUUUCAGACAAAUUCAGAUUAAUGCUUAGGCUACUCCCCGAGAUUAGACAGAUCAGCCAACGGGCAGAAGAGUAUUUGUACUAUAAGCACCUUAACGGCGAAGUUCCCUACAACAGCCUUCUCAUGGAGAUGUUACACAGUAAACGAAAAUGAGCCAGUCGACUUCCUCUCUGUGACGUAACAUUGGAGUCUUAAGACUGAGUCGGGACCACUUAUGCACUUUGUCGCACCUAUGUAACACCUUACAGCUAUCAAGCCACACUUCCAUUCACGUGUGAGGCAAAGAUGGACAGACCAUGGUAGGUCCAUGGACAGACGAACAAACGAACAGACAGAAUCCUCGGAUCGCAUGAGAAAGUGAGGGCCAGUUUGGGAGUGUCUGAUUUUCCAGUGUGUGACAAGCGUUUUAUGCAUACGUUUUACAACGUAUCGUUCUCGGUGACACAGACUCGGGGUCCCUGCCGUGACGUAUGCAUCAAACUUUUAUAUGCAUGAAGAAUUGCUGAAUACGCAAACCAAAGAGUGUUUAUGGACAAGUCUGUAUAUACUAAAUAUAUAAACAUAUGUGACUUUUUAUCAUUACUAUGACAUAUGGAAAGAUGUUCCUUUGACCCAUAUGAGAAGCAGACCACAAGCAGGUUUUUGGUCGGUGCGCACGAGCCACUGCCUCAACUCCUUUUGCCUAGGAGAAAAUCAACUUAUGAAGCAACAAGUCAUGAAAGACACUAUACGAAGACCUCUUCUGGUCAUGUCGUUUUUUUUUUUUUUUUAGUUUGCUCGGAUGUGUUUAUUGAGAAGAACAUUAUAUGAGGAGGAUAAAGAAAGAGAGGAUGAUAAAUCGCAGUAAAGCUGUGUUUCCUUUUUUAAAAGUAUGCCACGACUUCUGAAACGUCUUGUAUGUUGCUAUGACAACAAAUUAUUGCCAGACCCCCACUGUAAAUCAGUUUAUGUUCCUAUAGUAUAAAGGUAUCUGUCAUGUCUAUGUUAGUGUAAAAUUACCAUCAAAUGGUGUUUUAUUUGAUCAAAUUUAAAUAAAGAUGUAUUUUGAAAAGUUUGAACAACAAUUUAAAACGAGAUAUUAAAUCAUCUUGUUGUCCUGAGCACCAAUUUGAAACCACAUCUCACCAAAAUUAUUAUUUUAAAGGGUUGGGAUGGAUUGAAAUGAAAUAAGGUGUUAAGUGAUUUAAAAUUGUAAUGAAAUUCGUGUAGUUUGUAUCCAUAAACCAUGAAAUUUUUGUGCAACCAGCUUUGCAUUAAAUGCACGCACACACUGAAAUCAAUUAGGUCUUGAGUACUAGAAUCAGAUUUAAUGGCUUAAUUUCGGGUCCAUUCGUUUUUUAUGUCACACAAACUAAGUUUGUUGGCUUUUCUUAAACUGCUAAAUAUAGAACUAGUCAAACUUAAUUCAUCAUUCUGGCUGAACUUUAAUUUUGUUAUUAUUCCAAACUUGGCAAAGUGCCCACAAUACAUUGCUUACAAUCAAAUCCCAAACGUAAUGGUCAAAAUGUAGGGACAGUAUUAAGUAUUUAUCGGACACUCAAACCAUUUUCUUUCUUUAUGUCUAAGCCCCCUUACCAAAAUAAAUCACCCUCUCUUAUUAAGGAAUAGGAUGCCAGGAGGAUAGGUAUAUGACCAAAUAAAUGAAAUUCACCACUCUGACUGGAUUAGAAAAAAAAAUCUGCACAAGUUGCUUGUCUUUAGCACAAAUCAACUCUUAUUCUGUCUCUGCAUAGGCAUCGAUUCGGUCUGUAACUAUGUUGGAUUUUGUGUCGAACUAACUACAUGAUUGUGCUUUUAUUAAGUCUAAAUCAGUGAUAUUUGAUUUUUUAUUUUUGCUUUGAGCACAACAUAAUAUUCUGGCAUUGCGCUGAAUAAAGCACCUAACUUAAAUGUCUUGUAUGCACAAAAUGUAGUUUUGGUUAUUUCACCAGAAAACACUGCCCUCUGUUUUAGAUAUUUGUACAGUUUCCGAUAGAUUCUCAUUGUAAGACCUCGGCAAAUUUUGGGUAAUGUUUGUUAUUUUUUCAACAAAAAUAUGAAGUAAUGUGAAAUAAAUCGAAUUCCAUACUGGAAUGGCGAAUUGAAAGGAUUCGAACUAUGCAUAUGAUUAUCAUUUUAAGUCUAUAUACAUUAUGAUAGCUCUCCCUUUUAUAUGGACUAUGGUCCCAGUUUCUUAGCACCGUUUAUAUCGAAAGUGGGAAGGAAAAGGAAGGAAUUUUGUCAGCCUCAUGUUCUCCGCAUCCGGGCAUUUUGUGUGUGAUCUCUUACAGGGUAAAUGUAAAUGAGGUUGAGGGAGAAAAAAAAACGCGUACAACGGAGUACUUAUACGUCACUUUUAAGACCGUGGAAAUGUUUUAUAUUAUGAUGUUGAAAUAAUGAUUACUCCCCUUAAUGGACUUUGUCAAAAUUCUUGAUGUUCUGAAUUUGUCGUACAUUGUUGAUUUAUGUCUUUGCAAAGUAAAUGUUCCAAUUUGUAUUGAUUUGAUUCAGAAUACUCACUGUCCAAUAUAUUAUAAUUGAAUUAAUUCCCACCAUCAUUUAAAUGACUUUAAGUGUCAAGUCCUCGUCAUUUAUGCCAUUAUUUCUAUUGCGUGAGGUAUUCUAGUAUUUACACACACAUAGGUCCUAGACUUGUACCUGUAAUUAGAUCCAUACGCAUUUUACAGUUCAUUAUGUCAAUUUCGAAUUGAGAGGAGACUAAUAUUGGUUUGUUUUUUUAAUCCCACGAGUAUAUUCCAAUAUGCAGGAAACAUUUUGUUAACAUUGCAUAAAACUUCUUACUCAAGAGAAAUUUUGCUACGCUAAUGUGCGCAGUGGAUCUGAUUUUAAUCAUACUAUUGAAAUAUUUUGUAGUAUAUACAGGGACUGGUUUCAAAACACUAGUCGAUAAACUACUUUUUAAGCCGUAAAGACGUUUCCCCUGUGUUGGGUUGUAUAGAUGUUAUUUGUCGAUUCAGACAUUAAACUUAAAAAAGUGUCUAACAACUCCCGGUGUAAUAGUGUAAAUUAUAGUUACAUGAAAUGGUGUGCUUUAUCUACUUUCAUCCCCCCUUUUUUCAGGCUGACUUGAUACACGAUUUCUUGAUCAUGUUCAUAGAUAGAUUAUUUUCAUCUGCUAUCCGAUUUAUAUGGAGCCAUGGGGCGUCCCAUAUUUGCCUUAAAAGGUAGAAUUUCUCAGUCUUACGAAAAUCAUCAUUCGAUUCUGAAAUUUCAAAGAAAAUUUACAACCAACACCUACUUUCAUGAAAAGAAAAGUUUUCAUUUCCUGAAUAAUGGAAGUCACACAACGAAUGAUUUCUGCACAAGUCGAGUCGGCCGCCUUGCCAUAAUUAUGAUAUUUCUCCGUGUCAUAAUUUUUCGCGUUAAUUUUCCAAACUAACUCCUAUUGUUUUACUAAGUUUUCUUGGUCUCUGCUAUCAUUUUGAUCAAAUAUGGUUCAGCGCGCACAUUUUUUUACGAUUCUUCUGUUAUAUGAUAUUAUACCUUGCCUGGUUUAACGAAGUGACUCAUAUUGUCUAUACUAUUAUAUAUUUACAACAGAUGUUUACUUCGUUAUUGAUAUGUACACUAAUUUUUUUUUCGUUUUUGUGCAUUCAAAGUGCAUUCUGUACAAUUUUGUGGACAAAAAGAUAAUGGUUGUUGAACACAA